CCCGGAACCCGCCGCAAGAAGGUCUACGGGUACCUGAAAGCGGCAAACGAGCUCCGACAGACGUAUGCGGCGCAGUGGUCGGCACAAAUAAACGGGAGUGGGGGCCAGCAGCGCGAGUAUGAGAAUUAUGGGAAUACGCCAGGGGCGUUUCCCGAUGUGGAGAUUGCGAGGUCGGAGUUUGAGGAGAUGGUUAUUUUUCCGAGUUAUGCGAGACGGUUGGUGAAGAGGGAUGGGAUGGGGGAUGGGAACGGGAGGGGGAGCUUGUAUGGUGGGAGGAGAGGCUCGAAUGAUACCAUUGAGGAGUAUAGGGGGGAGACUGGGGCGUUGGGGUCCGGGUGGGAUGAGAUGGAGGAUGAGAAUGCUGUUGUUGCGGUGGAUGUUCGGGGCUGGGUGUAUUCGCCUCAUCGCGGGCCGAUGACGCGGAAGCAUCGGUUGAUGGUUGCGCUGGCGAGGAAGUUGAGUGGCGUGCCGGCUCCGGCUAAUAAUGUGAAUGAGGGGGGCGGCGGAGGUGGAGGUCCAGGUGGAAAUGGGGGGUAUCAGAGGACGAGUGACAAAGGGGAGGAGGAGUUGGUGGAUACGGAGGCUCAGUCGAUUAUCAAGAACGCGGAGGGGAGGGCAGAUUCGGCGUGGAAGGACAGCGCGGAGAAUCAGUCGUCCCCUGGACGGCCUCUGCAGCGAGUCUCGACUGAUACUACGCAGCUGACCAAGGAUGAGAUAACGGUGGCUAAUGCGCAUCUGAUGGAGCGGCUGCGUCCGUUCCUCACGAAUCCGGUCACAGAGGUGCCUAUCACGGUGUUCUUUUUCAACGAUGGCAAGAGUCAGUCGAGGAGCGUCAUGACUGACGAGUCGGGUCACUUUCAGCUACGCGCGGCGUUGACGUUCGUUCCGACUCAUAUCCGCGUCUUGGCUUCGGAGGACCUCUCUGUUAUGAAGGAGGUCCAGGUUAUCGAGCCGACGGGCGUCAGCUUGAUCAGUGAUAUCGACGAUACGGUGAAACAUUCGGCUAUCACGAGUGGAGCGAAGGAGAUGUUCCGCAAUACAUUCGUGCGCGAGCUGAACGAGUUGACCGUCGACGGAGUCACCGAAUGGUAUGGCAAGCUGGCCAAGAUGGGAGUGGACAUGCAUUACGUCUCCAAUGCGCCGUGGCAGCUCUAUCCGCUUCUCGAACGCUACUUCAAGCUUGCGGGUCUCCCCCGGGGGUCUUUCCACCUGAAGCAGUACAGCGGUAUGCUCCAGGGCAUAUUUGAACCAACAGCGGAGCGGAAGAGGGGCUCAUUGGAGCAAAUUCUCAGAGACUUUCCGUCCCGCAAGUUCAUCCUUGUCGGUGAUAGCGGCGAGGCGGACCUGGAGGUCUACACCGACAUCGUCCUGGCGAACCCCGGACGAAUUCUAGGGAUCUUCAUCCGCGACGUGACAACUUCGGACCGGAGAAAGUUCUUCGAGAAGUCGGUCGAUCAUCUGGAGCACGAUCUGUCGCGGAGCCGCAGCACCCCUCAACUCGUGGACGAUGCAGACACGGCAUCGAACCGGCCUGCGUUGCCCCCUCGUCGGCCCACGAGGCCUGAUCUAUCAGAUACCGUCAGCUUGGACAACGCCGACCUGAUUGAUCUCAGUGACGAGGCAGAGCAAAAAGUGCCACUGGUUGAUAUGAAAAAGCCCACCGCGCGUACGCCACCCACGAAACCCUCCAAACCAUCCGCCCUCCGCUCCGUUUCGAACAACCCAGAUCUGGGGAGAGAUACAACCCCUCUGCAGGACACCAUCAAACGCAAACCCAUGCCCCCGCUCCCGCCACGCCGUUCCUCGACUAAACCAGACAUCUCGACAGAUCAAGACCUAUACUGGAUAACUUCCAACGUUAACGAACGCAAUCCUUCCCAAUUAUCCCUCCGCCCUAGACCAGGUGCCCAAGGUCAAGAAACCGACCCAAGACCUACACGAAAACAACCCCCUCCACCCCCUCCCCCCCGUCGAGCAAACACCAACUCGUCAACAACAGGCUCCAUCUCCUCCCAGAGCACCCAGAGCACACAACAGAGCACCAACCGCCUCCCGCCGCAAAAACAAUCUUACCCCGCCGCCGCAGCAACAGCGGCCACUUCCGCCCUCCAAUACGCCUCCGACCGUCUCCCCUGGUCUGCCUCCCCGUCUAAUAUCCUCCGUUCCACACAAUCCAAUUCCUCACUGAGCAGGACCAACACCAAUACCAACUCUGGCAGCAACAACGGCAGCUCGAGCUAUGCUCCAGCAGCUCCGCUUCCCAAUAAACGGGAAGAGCUGUGGCGGAGGCGAUGGGCACGUGCGGAGGAGUUGUUGGAUAAGAAGGGCGUCGUGCUCGGGAGCUGGAGGGUCGGACGGGAUGCGCAGGAUGUUACGGUUUGGUUGGUUGAGGAGGCGAUGAGGGAU